UGUUGGUCAGUCACUGAAAUACAAAACAAAAACAAACAAGAAAAUUUUGCUUUCCUAGAGUUUAUUUUAGUUUUUCCCGUGAAAUACUGUGAAAAUUGACAAAAUGGAUUAUGUGUACGUUGCAGGGGAUGCUGGAGAGCAAACUGAGGAUAUGAUAGCCAUGCAAAUGUUUGAGAAUUCAAAUAGAGGACAAGAGUAUUCUCCAAGUUUCCAGCCCUUCACAGUUCCACAGAGUGAUGCUGAGUACCUCCCAAUGGGCUUUGUUCUUGCAGAUGGUGGAGAUCGCUUUGGCGUCUCCACGGUCUGCUUUGAUACCCACGAAGAGCUCCUUUGGAUGGGAAAUCAAGGGGGCCAUGUCACAUCAUACUACGGUGGCACAAUGCAGAAAUAUACAUCCUUCCAAGUCCAUGCCACGGACAUUGUGAGGCAAAUCCAUCCGACAGAGGCAGGAAUUCUUGUGCUCACCAGCACCAGCCUGAGGCAUCAGAUUCGCCGGGGUAUUCCCAAGUACACGCACACGUCCAAGAAUACCGAGGAUAUGCUCUGCAUGGUGCAGAUGAAUCCCAAAAGAUUUAUUUUGGGAGGAAAUCAAGAGAGUCUCAUUGAUUUUGACACGGAAACCAGGAGGGAGACUCUCCUGGCCAGUGCUGGAGACAAUGGAUGUGUCGUAUUGCGUCUACACAAUCGGUACUUGUGUGCAGGGGAUGCAUUUGGGCAAAUUACCCUCAGAGAUCCCUCCACUUUGGCUGUGGAGCACGCCAUAAAGCCCCAUUCCGGAAGUCUGUCGGAUUUUGACGUUGAAGGCAAUUACUUGGUCUCCUGUGGAUUCAGUGAGCGUCAGGGAUCACUGUCAGUCGACAGAUUUCUCAUGGUUUACGAUCUCCGGAUGUUGCGCCUCGUGUCACCCAUUCAGGUCCACAUUGAGCCCCAGCUACUGCGUUUCCUGCCAUCCCAAUGCUCACGCCUGGCCGUGGUGUCACCCCUCGGGCAGAUGCAACUCGUGGACACGGUGGAACUUAGUGAACCUCGUGUCUGCAUGUAUCAGAUCAAUACCUCCGGAAGCCAAUGUCUCAGCUUUGACAUCAGCUCCUCGUGCCUGGCCAUGGCCUUUGGGGAUCAAUCUGGCCAUAUCAAUCUCAUCAGUUCAGUUUCUGUGUCUGAACCCCAAUUCAAUCCAUUUUCUCGAGCCACUGAAUUCGCCGAUCCCAUUGAACCUCUUCCCCUUGUUCCAAUCACAGACGAAAACUUCCCCCUGUCCUCAAUCCCUCUCCCGGAACUCACAACAGGAGAUACUUGGCUCAGUGAUUGGCCAGUGCAGUUGAUGGAGUACCGCUACAGACGACCCAAGCCCGUGGAUCCAGAGAUUCUGGCCACAAUGAAGAUGCAGGGACCUAUAGGAUAUGCUCUGAAUCCCAGGCACACAAGACGCAAUCAGAUUCCUUACUACAUGGAUCCCAGUCAGGCCUGCAAUCAAGUGACAACGACAGUGGCCAGCAACAAAGCUGACUCGGGAAUUAAGAUCAUUCCCAAGAGAUACCGGAAGGUCGAGGUAAAGUACUCCAAACUUGGCACCCAGGACUUUGAUUUCGAUCAGUACAACCAGACGGAGUUCGCAGGACUGGAAGCUAAUCUUCCGAAUGCCUACUGCAAUGCAAUGCUUCAAGUUUUGCAUUUUAUCAAGCCCCUGAGGCAAGCUCUUCUUGCUCAUUCCUGCUCUAAGGAAUUUUGCUUGGCAUGCGAAUUGGGUUUCCUCUUUCACAUGCUAGCAACAUCCAAUGGGGCUCCCUGUCAGGCCAGUAACUUCCUCAGAUCCUUCAGAACAGUCCCUGAAGCUUCGGCUCUUGGUCUGAUUCUGUCUGAUCGAACGAGCAGCAAGGCGAACUUGAUCAGUCUGAUCCAGAACUGGAAUCGAUUUAUCUUGCAUCAAAUCCACUAUGAAUUGCUAGAGACAGCCAAGAAAUCCAUUCCUCAUUCAUUUGGUGAUAACAAUUGCUCAGCAAAUUCUUCUCCCAAAAAACUCACAUCCUAUGAGGAGAAUUUUCCCAAACUCCAAGAAAUUGCAUCAGCGGUCAAUGAGGAGAAAUUUCAGUUUAUUGAGUCCAAGGAGGAGGCAGAAGGAUCAGCAGAUUCAGCGCCGAGAAAAGAAGACGAAGAGACUGAAAUAAGUCGACUUUUUGGUACGAGACAAAUUUGCACUUCACGCUGUUUGAAGUGCAGCGACGAAAGGUCUAAGGUCAAUAUCCUUCUGGUCUGCAGUCUGCUGUAUUCCACCCCAAAUCCCGAAGAAAGUAUCACAUUUUCCAGGAUACUCAGGAACUCCCUGAGCGGCGAGAAGACCAUUCCCGUUUGGUGUGAGCAAUGUAAGAAAUUCACACCAACCAAUCAAUAUGUCAGAGUGGCAAAGCUGCCCAAGAUUCUGGCAAUAAACUGUGGCCUGGAAAAUGAGAGGGAUCUGCAGUAUCUGAAGAAAAUCACAAAUAGAACGUUAUCGACAGGAAAUCAGGAAAAUACUCCGGUGACAAGCAUGAAACCAUGCAGAUAUGGAGUGAAUUGUUCAAGAAUCGACUGCCACUUUUCCCAUCCGGAUAGGAAAUCUCCAACAGCACAGGCAACACCUGCAGCAAAUUCCUGCAAGAGCAACACAUGGUUCCCGCUCAAAUUCUCCCUCAGAAUUGACUGUGACACAAACCUAACGAUUGAGGAAGAUUGUGGGAGGAGGUCGCCAGAACAGAAGGUUCCGGAAGGUGAAGAAAAGACCUCAGAAGUCAAUAGGAAAGUAGUGUAUGAUCUAACGGCGGUCGUUUGUCAAAUUGACGAUGGAACUAGCAAGAAUCUCGUGUCCAUUGUCAAAGUGGCCGAUUCCUGCCAUGCCAAUCCCGGAGAGAAUGAUGGUCAGGGAUUGUGGUAUGUCUUCAAUGAUUUCAGCAUCACGCCAGUUUCAAUGCAGGAAGCUGUUUGGUUUACAUUGGACUGGAAAGUUCCGUGUGUCCUCUUCUACAGCACUCGGGAUAGUUCGGGAGGUGAAGAACUGUCUCCCAAGCUCUAUCCCGACUUCAAUCCCUUCACAACGGAUCUCUAUGCGCGACAGCUGAUGCUGGAGCCAUGUGAUUUCCGCCCACUUACGCCAACAGAAAUGCCCGCUAGGGGUGAUCUUGUUGCUAUGGAUGCGGAAUUUGUCACGCUCAAUCCAGAGGAGAAUGAGAUGCGGCCAGAUGGGAAGAUGGCAACUAUAAAGCCCAGCCAUAUGAGUGUAGCCAGGAUUACGUGUAUCAGGGGACAGGGGGAGAAUGAGGGGGUGCCUUUCAUCGAUGACUACAUCUCGACGCAGGAACAAGUGGUGGAUUAUCUGACCAAGUUUUCAGGAAUCAAGCCGGGUGAUCUCGAUGCCAAUUUCAGCAAUAAGAAUCUCACAACGCUCAAGAGUUCCUACCAAAAACUCAGGUAUCUGGCGGACAUUGGCGUGAUAUUCGUUGGACACGGCUUGAGGAAUGAUUUUAGGGUAAUCAACAUGAUCGUCCCGCCGGAGCAAGUUAUCGACACAGUUCACCUCUUUCACCUGCCUCAUCAGCGCAUGGUAUCCCUGCGCUUUCUGGCCUGGCACUUCCUGGGCAUCAAGAUUCAAUCAGAGACUCAUGAUUCUAUCGAGGAUGCCCGAGCUGCCCUCCAGCUCUACAAGGAAUACGUAAAACUCCAGAAAGAAGAAAAACUCGCUUCUGCCAUUAAACUUCUCUACGAGAUGGGCAAGCAACUAUCGUGGAAAGUUCCCGAAUAGCUUUGUAAAGCACAAACUUUUCCAUCAAUAAAAGAAUUAAAAAGAAAAAA